AAAAUUUCCUGUCGCACGUCUGCUACAGCAGUCUCCUGUUUCUCCUCCUACCUUCUCCAUUUUUCUAGUCCCUGCAGGUAGGAUCCUAGGGGUUAACUCCCUUUUCACCAAGCUCCCGAGGGCCCUUGAGCCCUCGGCCUCUUACCUCAGCGGCUUUAGCACUUUCCCGUACGGCCCCGCCCCCGGGACCAGCCGGAGCGGUCACGCUCACCACGACGAGGACGGCGGCGUGCUCGCGCCCCCACGGAGGGGCCAGCGGCGAAGGACGCGUGCGCGCGCCCGUGCCGUGGUGGGCGUGGCCGGGGCGGAGACCGGAGGAGGGGAGCAGAGGACGCGCUGGCGGAGGGGAAUUCCGGGUUCUUUGCCUCCUCGCCCUACUUUGGUUUACCUGCAGCCGCCUAGUCCUCUUCUCCUCCUUCUCUUUGAUGAUUCGGGUCCUCGGCUUCCCUCACGAUAUUGCAGAAAGACACGGCUUUCCUCUUCCUCUCCAAACCACCUCGAAGCAGGGACGUCAUCAGAAUAUUAUUUGAAGAAAGUGUCAUGGAAGUUCUGCGUCCACAGCUUAUAAGAAUUGAUGGCCGGAAUUACAGGAAGAAUCCAGUCCAAGAACAGACCUAUCAACAUGAAGAAGAUGAAGAGGACUUCUAUCAAGGCUCCAUGGAGUGUGCUGAUGAGCCCUGUGAUGCCUAUGAGGUGGAGCAGACCCCACAAGGAUUCCGGUCUACUGUGAGGGCCCCCAGCUUGCUCUAUAAUCUCAUUCACUUGAACACAUCAAAUGACUGUGGGUUCCAGAAGAUAACUUUGGAUUGUCAGAAUAUUUAUACUUGGAAGUCCAGGCAUAUAGUUGGAAGGAGAGGGGACACUAGGAAGAAAAUAGAAAUGGAGACCAAAACUACUAUUAGCAUUCCUAAACCUGGAGAGGACGGGGAAAUUGUAAUCACUGGCCAGCAUCGAAAUGGUGUAAUUUCAGCCCGAACACGGAUUGAUGUUCUUUUGGACACUUUUAGAAGAAAGCAGCCCUUCACUCACUUCCUUGCCUUUUUCCUCAAUGAAGUUGAGGUUCAGGAAGGAUUCCUGAGAUUCCAGGAGGAAGUACUGGCGAAGUGCUCCAUGGAUCAUGGAGUUGACAGCAGCAUUUUCCAGAAUCCCAAGAAGCUUCAUCUCACUAUUGGGAUGUUGGUGCUUUUGAGUGAGGAAGAGAUCCAGCAGACAUGUGAGAUGCUGCAGCAGUGUAAAGAGGAAUUCAUUAAUGACAUUUCUGGGGGUAAACCCCUAGAAGUGGAGAUGGCAGGGAUAGAAUACAUGAAUGAUGAUCCUGGCAUGGUGGAUGUUCUUUACGCCAAAGUCCAUAUGAAAGAUGGCUCCAACAGGCUGCAAGAAUUAGUUGAUCGAGUGCUGGAACGUUUUCAGGCAUCUGGACUAAUAGUGAAAGAGUGGAAUAGUGUGAAACUGCAUGCUACAGUUAUGAAUACACUAUUCAGGAAAGACCCCAAUGCUGAAGGCAGGUACAAUCUCUACACAGCGGAUGGCAAAUAUAUCUUCAAGGAAAGAGAAUCAUUUGAUGGCCGAAAUAUUUUAAAGUUGUUUGAGAACUUCUACUUUGGCUCCCUGAAGCUGAAUUCAAUUCAUAUCUCUCAGAGGUUCACCAUAGACAGCUUUGGAAACUACGCUUCCUGUGGACAAAUUGACUUCUCCUGAGGUAGAUCUUGGAAAGCACUAGAAACUGAACAUUCUCACCAGGUGCUGAAGAAAAGUGUCUUCGUUUUAAUUGCCAAGCAGAGAUGUGGACAUGUGGAUGGUGACUUUCCUGGGUGGUGCCCCAUAGAUUCACCAUUGCCUCUAAUGGUGUCUACAGCCAUCACACUACCAGCCGAGAUGGUGGUGGGCAUAAGGAGAAUUUGUGCCUAUAACCCUUAGUGUGUUCUGUUUUUUUUUCUUUUAAUUUUUAAAUUGUGGUAAAAUACUCAUAAAACAUACUGUCUUCACCAUUUUUAAGUGCACAGUUCAGUAACAUUAACUGUUAAUACGUUCAUAUUGCUGUGCGGCCGUCGCUACCGUCAAUCUACAUAGGCUUCUCAGCUUGUAAAAUGGAAACUGUACCCGUUAAACAGUAAUUCCCACUCCUCCCAGCCCCUGCAGCCACCAUUCUGCUUUCUGUCUCCCUGGUUUUGACUAUUCUCGGUAUCUCAUAUAAGUGGAAUCAUACAGUGACUUGUCUUUUUGUGACUGGCUUAUUUCACUUAGCAUAAUGUCCUCAAGGUUCAUCCAUGUUGUGUCAGGUGACGGGAUUUCCUUCCUGUAUUAUACAUAUAAUGGAAUGUUCUGUUACAUUUGUGUACCACACUCUGUUUCUCUAUCAGUGAGCACUUGGCUUGCUUCCUGUUGACCAUUGGGAGUAGUGCUAAUACAGACAAAGGUGUGCAAAUAUCUCUUUGAGACUCUGCCUUUAAUUCCUUUACCACCCGGAGUUUUAUCUUUAGCAAAAUAACUAUUAAAGUUUUUUGCCUUUUACUUUG